UGCGCUAGACUCGGUACUGAGGUUGCACACUCUGGCUUGAUGGAGUGAGGAGCGCGGUAGAGCCAGUUACGGAGGACUUUUGUGAAUUUUCAGAUUCGGAACAUGAACUACAUAUCAAAAAGACAUCGGCCCAUAGAUUCAGCUAGACCAGUUCAAUAUUAAAGUGAACAGAGCAAACGGUAAUUUCAGAGGUUUUCAUGCAUACCUUCAUAUAAAGCCAAUGUAAUAUAUCUGUCGUAUUUCAAGACUGUUUCACCGAAGUCCUGGAAUUAGUUGAUUCUCUAUCAAUUUUCCUCCCUCUUUCUACCUUCCCUUUCUAUUCAUUACAUUUGAGGCUCCGAAAGCUUCCAUUGCCUCUGCUACAAGGACUGUGGUGAUUUGGAACGGCAUUUGAUAGCCACUGGACUUGAUUCAUCGCGGAGUUUUUGACUCCUCGUCAUGGGGUACAGUGGACAAACUGCUAGAAGUGGAAGAAGAGGAGUCGCGGGAUACUUAUUGAAGAUGAUCACCAUAUUUUUGUUUUUUCUAAUUGCCCUCGUGGAUAUCGGAGCUUCUCAAGUGAGAGAUGAUGAUGACUUCAUGGGAUUGGGUGAUCUGCCAGAGACCUUCCCCUCGGACCCUCCGGAGCCCCUCCCAGUGUUCCUGAUGGAGCCCGAGGAGGCGUACAUCGUCAAGAACAAACCUGUCAAUCUCUACUGCAAGGCCACGCCCGCCACUCAGAUCUACUUCAAAUGCAACAGCGAGUGGGUCCACCAGAAAGAACACACUGUAGAGGAGAGGGUGGACGAGAACUCGGGAUUGGUGGUGCGAGAGGCCAGUAUUGAGAUCACACGGCAGCAAGUAGAGGAGCUGUUUGGACCAGAGGACUUCUGGUGUCAGUGUGUUGCCUGGAGCUCUGCAGGGACCACCAAGAGUCGCAAGGCACACGUCCUCAUCGCGUAUCUCAGGAAGACGUUUGACCAGGAGCCUCUGGGAAAGGAAGUGUCUCUAGAACAGGAAGUGCUUCUUCAAUGCCGCCCCCCAGAAGGAAUCCCUGCUGCUGAGGUGGAGUGGCUGAAGAAUGAGGAGAUCAUAGACCCUGCUGAUGACCGUAACUUCUACAUCACCAUCGACCAUAACCUGAUCAUCAAACAGGCCAGACUGUCUGACACAGCUAACUACACAUGUGUCGCCAAGAACAUCGUCGCUAAGAGACGGAGCACCACGGCAACUGUCAUUGUUUAUGUGAAUGGUGGCUGGUCAACGUGGACAGAGUGGACGGUGUGUAACAGUCGCUGUGGCCGUGGCUACCAGAAGCGUACGCGGAGCUGCACCAACCCAGCACCUCUCAACGGCGGCGCCAUCUGUGACGGGCAAGGCAUUCAGAAGCUGGCAUGUAACCCACUGUGCCCAGUGGAUGGUCUGUGGACAGAGUGGAGUAAAUGGUCCACGUGUGGGACAGAGUGUACCCAUUGGAGGAGGAGGGAGUGCAGCGCCCCAGCGCCCAAAAACGGUGGGAAGGACUGUGAGGGCAUGGUGCUUCAGUCCCAGAACUGCACCGAUGGCCUGUGUAUGCAGAGUUCCUUAUAUCAGAAGUCCUCUGAAUUCAACAAAGACAAGAUUGAUUUGGGAUAUCCAUCUGCCCCCAGUACAGAUGAUGUGGCACUGUACGUAGGCGUCGUCAUCGCUGUGAUCAUGUGUCUGGUCAUCUCCGUCAUCGUGGCGCUGUUCGUCUACAGGAAGCACCAUCGCGACUUUGACUCUGACAUCAUAGACACCUCGGCCCUCUACGAGGGUUUCCAGCCCGUCAGCAUCAAGACGGCUCGAACAGCUGACCUUCUGACAACACCCCCUGACCUGACCUCUGCUGCCGCCAUGUACCGCGGUCCGGUCUACGCCCUCCAUGAUGUCGCAGACAAGAUUCCCAUGACCAACUCCCCCCUCUUGGACCCCCUGCCCAACCUGAAGAUCAAGGUGUACAACUCCUCUGGUCUGGUCACCCCCUCUGAGGACCUGUCUGAAUUCUCCUCCAAGCUGUCCCCUAAGCUGCCCCACUGCCUGCUGGAUGGGGACACCAUGGGGAGGAGGACCCAGACCCAGACCCUGCUCCGUACCGGCACCAGGGACCCCUCCUGUACCGCUCUGGGCUCCUUCAACUCCAUGGGUGGACACCUCAUUGUCCCUAACUCAGGGGUGAGUCUCCUAGUCCCAGCGGGGGCUGUCCCACAGGGUAGAGUGUAUGAGAUGUACGUGACCGUUCACAGGAAGGACAGCAUGAGACCCCCAGUCGAUGACUGCCAGACAGUGCUGAGUUCAGUGGUGAGCUGUGGCCCCCCAGGGGCCCUCCUGACUCGCCCAGUCAUCAUCACCAUGCACCACUGUGCUGAGGCCGAUAGUGAUUCAGCCGAGGAUUGGCUGAUCCAGCUCAAGAGCCAAUCACAGCAGGCCCAGUGGGAGGAGGUGGUGGUGGUAGGAGAGGAGAACUUCACCACUCCCUGUUACAUCCAGAUGGAUGAGGAGGCAUGUCACAUCCUGACAGAGACCCUAGGAACAUACUGCCUGGUGGGCCAGUCCUGCAGCGCGGCCACCACCAAGAGACUGAAACUGGCCAUCUUCGGCCCCGUCACCUGCCCCGCCCUUGAGUACCACAUUAGAGUUUACUGCCUGGAUGACACACAGGACUCAUUCAAAGAGGUUUUGCAGAUGGAGAAACAGAUGGGAGGGAAACUCCUGGACGAACCAAAGACACUCAACUUCAAGGACAGCACCCACAACCUGCGACUGUCCAUCCACGAUGUCCCACACACACUGUGGAAAAGCAAGCUACUAGCCAAGUACCAGGAGUUGUCAUUCCAGCAGGUGUGGUCUGGGUCCCAGAGGAACCUCCACUGUACUUUCACCCUGGAGAGGUUCUGUCCCAGCACCGUCAACCUGGCCUGUAAGCUGUGUGUUCGACAGGUGGAGGGGGAGGGUCAGAUCUUCCAGCUCGACACCACCCUCUCAGAGGACACCCAGAGUAUCGACACGUCUCUGCUGGACCCAGCCAGUAACAUCACAACCCUGGUGGGGCCCAAUGCCUUCCGCAUUCCCCUCUCCAUCAGACAGAAGCUCUGUGGCAGCCUCGACGCACCACAGAACCGAGGAAACGACUGGAGGAUGCUGGCACACAAACUGAACCUGGACAGGUAUUUGAAUUACUUUGCCACUAAAUCCAGUCCUACGGGGGUGAUUCUGGACCUUUGGGAGGCCCAACACUUCCCUGAUGGGAACCUCGGCCGCCUGGCUGCCGUGCUGGAGGAGAUGGGUCGCCAUGAGAACCUUGUGCUCAUGGCAACAGACCACUGACACCCGUCCUUCAAAGAACAGGAAGUUCCAGGGAGGAGUAAGAGAUGAGUCACAGAGAAAAGAAGAGAGAGAGAGGAACACAGGACAGGCAGAAAUACAGGACAGGCAGAGCAAGACCUCUCUUCCAUCAGAGAACACACAUCCAUAGAGACACACACACAAACAUACACUGAACAAUAAUAUAAACGCAACAUGCAACAAUUUCAUAGGUUUUGUGAGUUACAGUUCAUAUAAGGAAAUCAGUCAAUUGAAAUAAACUCAUUAGGCCCUAAUCUAUGGAUUUCACAUGACUGGGAAUACAGAUAUGCAUCUGUUGGUCACAGACACCUUAAAAAAAGGUAGGGGCGUAGAUCAGAAAACCAGUCAGUAUCUGGUGUGACCACCAUUUGCCUCAUGCAGCACAACACAUCUCCUUCACAUAGUUGAUCAGGCUGUUGAUUGUGGCCUGUGGAAUGUUGUCCCACUCCUCUUCAAUGCCUGUGCAAAGUGGCUGGAUAUUGGCGGGAACUGGAACACUCUGUCGUACAUGUCGAUCCAGAGCAUCCCGAACAUGCUCAAUGGGUGACAUGUCUGGUGAGUAUGCAGGCCAUGGAAGAACUGGAACAUUUUCAGCUUCCAGGAAUUGUGUACAGAUUCUCGUGACAUGGGGCUGUGCAUUAUCAUGCUGAAACAUGAGGUGAUGGUGGUGGAUGAAUGGCACCACAAUGGGCCUCAGGUCUCGUCACAGUAUCUCUGUGCAUUCAAAUUGCCAUCGAUAAAAUGCAAUUGUGUUCGUGUACGUAGCUUAUUCCUGGCCAUACCAUAACCCCACCUCUGUUCGCAAUGUUGACUUCAGCAAAGUGCUCACCCACACAACACCAAACACGCUGUCUGCCAUCUGCCCAGUACAAUUUAAACUGGGAUUCAACCCUGAAGAGCACAGUGUGCCAGUGGCCAUCGAAGAUGCACAUUUUCCCAAUGAAGCCUGUCUGACCGUUUGUGCAACAAUUAUUCGGUUGUGCAAACUCACAGUUUCAUCAGCUGUCCAGGUGGCGUGCCUCAGACCCUCCCACAGGUGAAGAAGCUGGCAGUGGAGGUCCUGGACUGGCGUGGUUACAUGUGGUAUACAUUUACAUUUUAGAGUGACUUUUGAUUGUCCCCAGCACAAGGUGCACCUGUAUAAUGAUCAUGCUGUUUAAUCAGCUUCCUGAUAUGCUACACAUGUCAGGUGAAUCGACUAUCUUUUCAAAGGCGAAAUGCUCACAAACAGGAAUGUAAACACAUUUGUGCAGAAAAUUUUGAGCAAAAUAAGCUUUUUGUGCAUAUGGAACAUUUCUGGGAUCUUUUAUUUCAGCUCAUGAAACAUGGGACCAACACUUUACAUGUUGCGUUUAUAUCUUGUUCAAUAUACUUAGCAUAGCCACGCUCCACUUUCAAUAUAUUGAACUAGGAUGUUAGUGAGCCUUGUCUGUACUCUCUCUGGAACAGUUGUCUUUACCGUGAUACAGUUUCCUAGGAAACGCUUGAUAGUUCUGUCCAUAUAUUGGAUGACCUCAUGGAUGUCUCUCUGUGGUGGCUCAGAGCAGAGGAACAUGGGAAGGGGUGUGGCCAGAGGGAGUGGGGAAGGCCCCUCCCACUUCAACUGCCCUAUGGAUCCUCAUGGUAACUCCUGGAACCAACAAUACUGUUUAAGGACUCGUCAACAUUUCUAAUGAAAGAACUUGUUUCGGUGACUAUAUACGUCUGUAUUUAACACAUCUAUUUAUACACAAAUAUGUCUCCUGUAUUUUAUGCAGUCUAAUAUUGAUUACUUUAGGCUGCGUUUACACACAGCCAUCUUUUGACCAAUCAGAUCUUUUCACAGCAGAUCUUUUUCAGAGCUGAUCUGAUUGGUCAAAAGACAAAUUAGUAAAACAAUAUCAGAAUUGAGCUGCCCGUGUAAACAUAGCCUUGGAGUUCUCUUGUGUUCCCUUUCUUUUCAUUGUGUCAACGUGCCCCCUGGUGGAUUCUCUUGUUAAUGACGCCUACUGUACAGUCACUGAAACAAAGCCAGUAGAACAACCUGUACAUAAGCAGAACAUUGAAAACUCUAACCUUUUACAGUGUUAGUAAGACUGUCAUCAUUAAUAUUAACUGUUGUCAUUCCUGUUGUGUAUUAUUAUUGUUUUACAAUUAUUUUGUGUUACUUUCUAUUCUUCAAUUAUUUACAAUUUGCCUAUUUAAUUUGAAAAGUAUAUAUUUUGGUUUAGAUUGCGCUAUCAAGUGUUGGUUUAUUAGCCCAUAAAACCAAUGAUGCUGAUAGAUGGAACUGUUUGAGAGGUCAGUGAGAGGUCAGUCAAUCAAAGGUCAAAGUUCAGUAGUUAUCGCUCACUGCAUGCCAGUCAGCAUAGUAGGGUCAUCACUGUCUGGCCAAGUUACAAAAUCAGAAGUUCUAAAAUGUAGCUUCUUAAAAUCAGAUUUUGAACCUAGCCCUAACCUUAACCUCACUGGUAACCUUAUACCUAACCCUAACCUUAACCUUAGUUUAUUUUCAUAAAUGUUUCCAAUAUAGACCAUUUUGACUGACUUUGCAGGUUGGUCAUCUAGUGGGAACCAUAUAAUGGAGAAUCUCAAUCUGCUCUCAUCAUGUAUGGUCCUCUGAUGAUGACCUCAUUCAUAUGAGACAGAACCAGGGUAGUGGAAGAGAUGCGAGUCUGUCUCCCAAGGUGGAAGAUGGGUAAUUUGUUGAUAGACAAAUAUAUUUUUUCUUAGGACUGAUGCAGCCUGAUACGAUUGUCUUUUUACCAAAUAAUUGACAUAAUAUUAUGUACAAUUCCACACUAGCGUUCUCUUUCAUCAGGUCAAAAUACGUGUCAUUUGAUUGUUUCGCGCCAAGUUACUGAAUGACAGUUGCUGUUGACGUUGAGCAGGGGGAAUAGAAAUAGGUGAAAUAAUGGGAAAUGUUAUGCAUUAUCUAUUUAUUUAUAUUUGAAAUGGGAAAUUCAGUAUAAGGAUUGUAUGAUAGCAUAUGUGUAUGUGUAAAAUAAUUGAAGAUAACUGUCAAAACAUUCCUUUACAGCAGCAGUACUGACGACAGUCAUUUGAUUAGUUUUGGUUCAAAACAUUUUGUCUUGACAGUUGGGAAUUUUUCUAAAGCCGUCUAUGCAAACUUUGCAUUCUUUAUAAACAAAAUGUAGGUACUGAAAAGUGCUAGCUGUUGCAUUCCAUCGUUCUCCUGAGGCUUCAUGGGUAAUAUUGUAUAGUGAGAACGUAGCUAAUUCUUGUUCUGACUCUCAUGUUAUUUGCAAAUGCUUGCAUUUCCUCUGUCAAGUUCCUGUACAAAGUGUAAGAAAUAAUUUUUAAAACUAAUAAUAAAUUAUAUUUAUAUGCAACACUGAAUGCAGAGUCCGACUCUCCUUUUCCACAUCUUGGUUCAACCCUAACACUAACUACCACAGUGUUUCCAACACUCGGUCCUCAACCCCAAGAGGUGCGUGUGAGAGAAAUCAUCUAAUUCCUCUAAUAAGGAGACGAUAUAGACGUUGACAUCAUUUUAUUAGGGAAUGUUCUCCUGGUCCACACACUCUCUUAUACACAUAUGUACAGAUUAAAUAAGGCACACGCCAUAGUGGUGGAGUGGACGGUCAGUGAGUUAUUCUGUAGACAAGCCAAAGGCAAACAACCAAAACUGAUAUUUAACAUGAUUAAGUCCAUCAGUAUCAAUACAUUUCAAUAUUAUUAUUAACAAUUCAAUACCGUGAGGGGAGUUUUUUUCUUCAUAUUACAGUAACAAGACAAGCAUGGGGGAGACCAUCUUAUUGGCAUGACUCAGCUAGCCUGAGUAACAUCACUCCCAAGCAUAUUAACCAUCAGCUAGCCUGAGUAACAUCACUCCCAAGCGUAUUAACCAUCAGCUAGCCUGAGUAACAUCACUCCCAAGCAUAUUAACCAUCAGCUAGCCUGAGUAACAUCACUCCCAAGCGUAUUAACCAUCAGCUAGCCUGAGUAACAUCACUCCCAAGCGUAUUAACCAUCAGCUAGCCUGAGUAACAUCACUCCCAAGCAUAUUAACCAUCAGCUAGCCUGAGUAACAUCACUCCCAAGCGUAUUAACCAUCAGCUAGCCUGAGUAACAUCACUCCCAAGCGUAUUAACCAUCAGCUAGCCUGAGUAACAUCACUCCCAAGCAUAUUAACCAUCAGCUAGCCUGAGUAACAUCACUCCCAAGCAUAUUAACAAUCAGCUAGCCUGAGUAACAUCACUCCCAAGUGUAUUAACCAUCAGCUAGCCUGAGUAACAUCACUCCCAAGCGUAUUAACCAUCAGCUAGCCUGAGUAACAUCACUGCCAAGCGUAUUAACCAUCAGCUAGCCUGAGUAACAUCACUCCCAAGCGUAUUAACCAUCAGCUAGCCUGAGUAACAUCACUCCCAAGCGUAUUAACCAUCAGCUAGCCUGAGUAACAUCACUCCCAAGCAUAUUAACCAUCAGCUAGCCUGAGUAACAUCACUCCCAAGUGUAUUAACCAUCAGCUAGCCUGAGUAACAUCACUCCCAAGCGUAUUAACCAUGAUGUAUCAUUUUCUCCUAUAGUUAGUUGUUGAAACAGUACAUAGACAUUUCAGGGGACUAAGAAUGGCUCCCUUGGAUAGUCAAAUGGCCCACAUGUAGGUCAAUAUUGAAGCUGUGUGUUUUCCUGUGUGAAUAGAAGAAACCAAUUCCUGGGUUUCUAAAGCAGUAAUGCUGCAAGAGAUAUAUACUUCAUGUCCAACAGUAUGUAGAGAUUUCUCUACAGUUGUAAAAAAAAAAAAAAA